UUCCCCUUUCCCCUUCCCCGCAUCUUCUCCUUCCUUUUCCCUGUUUUCUCCCUCUGUUUUCUUGCUAAUCUCUAUUAUAUCUUCCCCGUCUUUUCUUCUCUUCUUCUCCAUUACCAAACCAUUAGAAAAAAAAACUCUUUUUUCCGACCAAACAACCGAGACUGUUCUUGAGAUUUUCGACUUGUCCGGAAGCAAAAAAAAAAAUCUAUCGGGUUUUUUUUGGAUGGUCGGGAACUAAUGACUCCGGCUCUCUGUGAAAUUCUCCUCUCUGGUUUUAUGGUAGAAUCUGUUCUCCGCCGUGGAACUCACCUCGUUCAGUCUUUCUCCGUCGUCUUCCUCUACUGGUUCUACAGCGUUUCAUGAACUCCCUCCCCUGUUUCAUGAAUUCAUUCAGCCAGUGAAUCGAAGUUGAAACCUAGAUCUGAUACUCAAUAACGUACAAUAACUUUUAGAUAAACAGCAGAAAGGACAAAACUUUGCAUCUGGGUCCCUGUAUUUCUUUUUCGUUUUUUUGGUAUUUAUGGCGUCGUCUAGUGGCACGUACCGGAGCUCGAGCCCAGUCUCCGACGGAUCUCCGUCGUCCGCCGUGGACGAGAGGAAGAGGAAGAGAAUGGUGUCGAACAGGGAAUCGGCGAGGAGAUCGAGGAUGAGGAAGCAGAAGCACAUGGACGAUCUGACGGCUCAGAUCAACCAGCUGACGAACGAGAACCGUCAGAUCAUGACGAGCCUCGACGUCACGUCCCGGCUCUACAUGACGAUUCAGGCAGAGAACUCCGUUCUCAACGCUCAGCUCUCGGAGCUCAACACGAGGCUUCGGUCUCUGGACGACAUCAUCGGAUUCGUGACGGCGAACACGAACUCUUCUUCUUCUUCUUCGUCGGGCGAGAUCGACGGCUGUGGUUUCGUUGAUCGGACGGUGGGGAUUCACGAUGACUUGUACGACGACAUGUUUAGUGGGGUGAAUCAACCUUGGGGUGGAUCCCUUCACGCCAACCAACCCAUCAUGGCUAAUGAUAUCAUCAUGUAUUAAUUAAUUUAGUUUUUAUCUUUUCUUCUUUUUUUUUCUGGUUGGGUGGUAUUUACUAUUUAAGACAUGAAAUGGAAUAUUUGAGCGUUUGGCUGGCAAUGGUUUUGUUAUGGUUGGUGGCGUUUGUUGUUAUCACAACUAUAUAAUAAUUAAUAAUCA